AUGGCUCUAAAUUUCGGCAGAGACGUCCGGUUACUCAGUCUCCUCAUGUUAAUCGUCCUUGUCGGUAUGCUCUCAGGCAUGCAGUCGGAAGCAUGGAUGGGGCACCUUGGAUGGGAAGAACGCGCGCCCGGCCUCAAUGAUAUCUUUCAAUACCCGGCCUCUGGUUCAUCAAUGGCCACGGCGGCUGGACAAGCUGAUCACCAUCAACCAUUCUCGGCCGAUCAUGUCCACCCUUUUGGCCUUCCAGCCGGACCGUCAGCUCCCCACAGCUUAUACCCCCUACCAGACUGUUAUCCUUCCCAAACCACUGCUGAAGAGCGUCCCGCUGAAUCCGAGGUUCAUGGGUUGGACAUGUCUUUUGCCUCCGACGUACUAUUUGGACUACAGUUGGGGGAACCACAGGACCUCGAAUCGCUGGAUUACCUCCUAAAGCUUCUCCGAGACGGAACACCAGGCCCACAUAGCCUCGCGGCGGUAGGGGUUUCGCAAGCAGAUUCUGGUGUGCCGCAAGUAUUGGAUCGUCAAGUUCAUACAACCGCAGGAGCUGGUCCGCCAGACAUGCCCGCCGUCUCAGAGUACAAAUUCCCGCCUUCCUCCGUUGCAACCUCCGGACCCAAUCAAAUGGUCCAGCCUGUGGUGAAAACCCUUAAACCUCAGACUCUUCGUGGUACUCGCAAGAGGAAGGAGCGGUCGGACAAUGACCAAUUGGAAAGUUUGGACAUCCCACUUCCCUCCCGCGAAAACCAAUGGCCCCAACUCUUUCGAAUGACACCUGCGCAGGGAGGACUAGUGUUUCCUCAGGAUUUCUUUGUACCUAAUAAUCCAUCAAAUCCGCUUGAAACUUGGGAAGUACGUUUGAUCCGGACAAACAUAUCACAACACGGCUCACUCGUUAUCCCCGAGGACAAAUUUUUCAUGUUCUAUAAAAAAUAUAUCGAGCUUAACAAGUCACGCUCCGGCGUCAUGGAAAAAUCCUAUUCCGCGAAAAGAAGGACUAGAAUGGCGAAAAAAGUACGCAAUUUUUUGCCUCACUGUAAACAAUGGUAUCAGCAUUGGUUCGAUGAAACUGGGAUAGACUUUGAAAAAAAUCUCCUCCAACCUCACUUCCGCCAUAUCAAGCGCGUCGGGCUCUUCUUCCCCUUGUUCCUGUUUUAUGUUGAGAUGAUAAGUUCGAUUGUCCCGAGAGAAGAGAAGAUCACCCUGGCGACUGAACUCGAAGGCGCCCAAGACUGCUUCAACAUUUUGACAACGGCCUUGAUGCACCAGAGCUUGGGAAAUUAUCCACAGACCAUUGCAGCCGCCGUCAAACGUCUUAGAGCAGAGCUUUGUGUUGAUGGAGCCAAAGCAAUUAAUACUAUCAUCUGGACUUUUUUGGAGUUUUGGAUGGUCACUUGCUGGAGGAAAGAAGUUUUCCAUGACCCAGAAUCGACCUCGGAUGCUCUUUCAUCGAGGAUCAAAGAAUUCUUCAAUAAUGUCUUCUAUCAUUCCUAUUCAGCUCAGCAUCAAAUGUACAUUCAUAGGAUAUAUUCAGCUCAUUAUCAACCACACAUUUCUAUGUUGAACAUUUGA